AUGACCACAGAAUUAGCGGCGGCGCCCGUUCUCUCAACCCCAGAUGAUCGCAUCCUCGAAGAGACCGACCCGGUUGUACCACAAACCAACCGCAUUCUCUCGGAAGAGGAACUCGCCAUCACGUAUGACAUCGAACGCACGUUGAAGGAAAUCCGCCAGGCGCGGUACAAGCGGAUUGCGCUUCAGUUUCCGGAUGAGAUGCUUCCAGAUGCACCAAGGGUGUUUCAGCUGCUGAGUCGGGGCCUGGAGGCACGGGAUAUUGUGGAUGGGGGUUCGAAGGCAAACACGGAGACUGAGCCUACCGACGGCUUAGUGGAUUCGGCGUCUCGCCUUGACCUGAAAGAUGCGGACGAGUGGUCACCGAAGCUCUAUAUUCUGGCCGACACAUCUUACGGGACUUGCUGUGUUGACGAGGUCGCGGCAGAACAUGUCGACGCGGACGUUGUCGUGCACUACGGACGUUCAUGCCUAUCCCCGACUGCUAGACUUCCAGUCAUCUACGUUUUCACGCACAAGGAGUUGCCUCUCGACCCAGUUCUCAAGGCGUUCAAAGAGACCUACCCGGACCCAGAAACAAAGGUGAUCCUCGCUGCCGAUGUAACCUACUCUGACCAUAUCCCGGAAGUAUACUCGCGGCUGGUGCAGGAGGGGUACAGCAGUCUGUUUGCCACGGCGUUGGUUCACGAUCCGUCGUCUGUCAUACCUAACCGCACCGUUCCAGACUCGGUCAAAGAGGCUCCAGAGUCGCUAGGGAAUUGGCAGCUCUUCCACAUCUCCGAACCGCCUACAGCGCUGCUUCUGACGCUAGCAUCUCGCGUGGCAGCAAUCCACAUCUACCCUACUGAUGGGCCGGCUGGCACAGACGUAAAGCCUCUACCCGCAUCGACUGCGAUGGUCCUGCGUCGUCGCUACGCUAUCUUGACACGGUUAAGCACGGUGCCUAUUUUCGGAAUUUUGGUCAACACACUGAGCGUAAAGAACUACCUCCAUAUCGUGGAUCAUGUCAGAGACAAGAUCGCAGCUGCAGGGAAGAAAAGUUACAUGUUCGUCGUGGGCAAGUUGAACGCAGCCAAGGUAGCCAACUUCAGCGAGAUUGGUGGUUGGGUUGUCAUCGGGUGCUGGGAAAGUUCGCUAGUCGACAGCAAGGAUUUCUGGAAACCCGUCAUCACCCCGUUUGAGUUGGAAGUUGCACUCAAGGGGGACGAGGAGCGGGUCUGGACAGGGGCCUGGCAGAGCGACUUCCAGAGCAUCCUUGACCAGCCACCACCAAGUUCCAAUUCCCCUGGAAACAGCCAGGAGGCAAACGAGGGACCCGAAUUCGGGGAUCAUGCCAGGGACGAGGACGAGGAUGCUAUGUCGGAACCCGAAUCUGCACCACCAGAGUUCGACCUCCGCACCGGUCGGUACGUCUCCUACUCGCGACCGAUGCGCGAUUCCGCGCCCCGCGUCUCCGCUUCCCAAGGCGCCACUGCAGCAAUAUCUGCGCAGACAGGUGCGGCUGAUGGGCCGUCUGCAGCACGAGCGCUUGCUCGAAGGGCAAAAGGCGACCUGGCUAUGGUCGGCAACACUUUCUCGCCAGGGGCGGAAUUCUUGCGAUCUCAGCGGACGUGGACGGGGCUGGGGAGCGAUUUCAAUAGUGCGGCGAAUGUUGAGUAUGAUGACGAGGAGAAUGACAGUACCCUGGUUGUGCAAGGGCGCAAGGGCAUUGCAAGGGGAUAUACAGUGGGGGAUUCAAUAGACAGGCACUAGAUUGGCCCUGGACUGUUGGCCUGAAAAUUCGAUUCUUAUCUCAGGUUCGGACUGAGGGAAAACUUGAGCAUUCGGCUGCUAAAUGGGCACAAUUACUCCUACAGUGCAGUCACUAAUAGUUAUAUGAUUAAAAGUGUGUGAUUUGCUGAAUAGACUACAAAAAAUCUAGA